AUGAACAAAAUGAUACAAAUGAAUCAUCAAACAGAUAAUUUGACCGUCAUUCUCGAUGCUAAAGGUGUAAAUGAAGGCCUAACAGCUGCUUGUGUUGAUAUUCCACCAAUGAUCAAUGAAACGAUUGGUAUAAUAAAAAAUGGAGAUGAAGGGGAAAGAGCUUAUGUAACAACCGCUUGUUCUUAUUGUCAGAAACGACACAUAAGAUGCGACGACCAAAGGCCCUCAUGUCAAAACUGUCAAGAAAAGGGUCAUGACUGUGUUCGUAUUCAGCCGAAAGUUUCGCGUGGCCGUCCCCAAGGUAGGCUUAAUGGUCAGGGGAAAUCCAUCAAAAAAAUUACAAACAAUGGAGUUAAGAAAACUAGAAAACCUAGAAAAAAAUCAUUGAUCAAAUCUAAUGAUGUCAAAUUUAAUGAUAUCAUAAAAGGAUUACUCAAUAAUGAAGGUGUUGGUAUUGACGGAAAUAAUAAUAAUGAUCCAUCAACUUUGGGUUUUUAUAAUGGAUUGACACCCUCCUCAUCUUUUCAAAGUACAUUGUCAACACCUUCAUAUUCGUUCACAUCUUCGCAUGAUACUUACGACAUUAACAAUAACAAUACUGUCAUUGGAAGUAGCAACUUGACUGAUUCACCAAUUCAAGCUCCAUUUAGCUUUUUUGGCACCUCCGAUCGAUACAAUGCACACCAACUUCAAUUUCCAAUUCCACCUGAAAACAUUAGUGAUUUUGUGCUUGGUCCUAAUGUGUUAACUACAAAUUUUGAUCUUGAGAUAGUUAAUGAUAACUAUGGAGGUGAAAUGGAUCCAAUACAAUACCAUUAUCGGUUAGUGAACGGUUUGUUGGAUACAUUCAAUAGUUCUACACCAAUGAAUGAACAAUAUGUGAAUUACUUGAAAACAGAACCUAUUUUAAGUAUAAAUGGUGGUAAUUAUCAACUCGAUGCUCCUCCUACUGAUGUAUUUCAAGUCGUACAACCAUUUAUUGGAGAGCAGGCAACAACAGCAGCAGCAAUUCCAACUGUUCCAGAAGCUGCAACAAAAAUUACAGCAACUCCAACAACAGCAAACUUGUACUCAAUUGUUACAACAGACCAAUACAUAUCCAAUGAAUUCACCAUAUUGCCAAAACUAUGUAUUGAUAAUAAUAAUAAGAAUUGCAGUUUUAAUAAACCUCACGAAAAAAGAGGUCGCAAACCUGGUAGCAAAAACGAACCAAAGAUGAAUGAAACUGAAAACAGCAAUUCUAACAAUGUCAACGUUGUUGACAAUACUGUCAAUGAUACUUAUUGA